AUUAUUAAUCAACUAAAGGCGUUGACAACAAUACGUAAAUUUUCAGUUUAGUUUUAUAACAGUGAGACAAUGCACUUCGUAAUUUUAUUAAAUAUAUUUUUUUCAUUUCUUUUCUCAUCUUGUCUAACUAGAACGUUGGAAGACAAAAAUAAGAAUAUUGUGGUUAGGCCUAUAGGAAAUAUAUCAAGUAUACUCAAAGCUAACAAUACUCUAACUUAUUCACAUCAAGUGACGCCAAAUUAUAACGAUAAUUUUACGAAUGACAACAAGAAUGAACCAAAACCCGGUGACAUUUAUAAAAAAGAUAUCGAACGCUUGCCAGAAAAAAUUAAAGAGCUGUCAAAAGAAAGGAAUCCAAGGUCGACAAGCGAUCAGCUCUUAGAUAAAAUAUUAGAUAUGAUUUUAAAACAUAAAGAUCUAGAAUUAAAGAAAUGUAAUCGUGAUGAUAAUAACGAUCCCAACGAUUUGAGAAUUUCUAAUUUACAUAAUAUUUUAAAAAAUAUGGGCUUGGGACAGGAUUAUUACGAUUCUGUAGAAUACGUGGAGACGAAAAGGCUCCCCAUUAGUCUAGAGACUCCUCAAAAUGGCGUGCUCGGGAGACUUUAUUUUGAUUUCGAUCCAAUCAAAGAUUCUGGAAGACAAGACUAUUCACAACGAGCACGUGAAAAAACUCUUAAAAAUGGGGUGCUAGGGAAAAUACACUUUAAUUUCCAAUCGAUUGAUGAUUCAGAAGAUCGUAGAUAAAGAAUACAUAAAAUAAAUAUAUUUUUUGAAUAAAUAAAGAGC